AUGCAGAGAAAAGCAUUUGCAGUGCCAUCCAAGGAGUGUCUGCCCCAGAGCCUGGUGACAGGAGCCCAAGCAAAGAAGUGCCUGAAGCAUUUCUGCGAGUUCUGCAUCAAGGACUCCUUCAACGAGACGCACGUAUUGCAACUCUUCGAAGCUUCUAGCCGGCUGGAUGUGGAAGGGACCCAGGCCGUUCGGGCCAUGGCGCUGGAUUUCAUCAUCUCCAACUUCCACACGGUCUGCCAGCAGCCAGCCCUUGAGCAGUUGGACAGGUCACUGCUCGUGGAGAUCAUGCGAGGAGUGGCUGAUCGUUUGCAUCCCCCACCACAUGUGCAGACCGUGCAGUUGGGAUGA